CUGCUAUGUCUAGUGACUCAUGCGCAGAGGUAUGCUUUGCGUACUAUGAGGAAGCAGAGCACGUCGCCAGGCGAAGAAGAAAUGAUCAGUAGCAAUAUGAAUGCUGCUUCUAGUACACCAGAGACUCUUCCCGAAGCACUUCUUGCAGCUCGGAUUGACAAUCUUUCGGCGACUGAAGCAGCGCAGUUGUGUCGAGGAGAGGAGCACUGCGAGGCCCUACUUCAGCUAAGCGAGGACAAGGACCCCAACUCUGCUUUGGAAAAAGUGCGGGCAUGUCUGCGUGCUCAAUUAGCAAGGGUUCUCCUGAACAGUAAAGCACCAACCAGUGCUACUACUACUACAGGAAAUCAUGCACAACACGCGUUCCCUCCGUUUCUAUUCGCCAGGCAGCGCGACGUGUUGUGCGAUGGUCACUACGCGAUUGGAUUAGUGUCCACUUACCUGAAACUCCGCUUCUCUGGUGAUAAUCAUGCUGCAUCUACUACCGAUAAAGUGGAAGUCGACGACAAUGCUACUUCCUCUACAACUUCUGCAGCAGUUUCUGGUGAUGCUGCAUCUUCUCCAAUUUCUGGUGAUGCUGCAUCUACUACCGAUAAAGUGGAAGUUGACUUGUCCUCCUGGGAUAUGAUCAUACUGAAGACUUUGUUACAAGCUGGCAACGAGUACGGACCUGUUUUGCAAUCCUGUGAUCCUGUUCGCUUUGUUGUGCAUGCACUGCAGGGCAGGGUUGAAGAUGAAUCCUUGCAUCAGGAAGUAGAUUUGCAAGGUGAUUGGUUUCUCGAAAGCAGCUUGGACCACUAUUUAGGUUAUUUGCGGAAACUUCGGGACUCGGGCGAUACGGAUGCCUUGAUCGCAGAGGGACAACGACGAUUAUUUUAAGGCUUCCCCAAAUCCAUCUCCGGAAGCAUCCUCUCUCAAGAGACUUUUCAAGGGGAAAAAAAACCCAGGAUGCAUCUCGAGAUGGAUUAGGGCGAGCUCUAAUUACUCCUGGAAGCCGAUAAGGAGUACUUCCAUACGAGGGAUGGAGCGCAGCCUAUGAUGAUAACCACAACUCCUACGACGUGGGUCGCGACAGCGAUGAAAAAUAUUUACGAUGGAGUUGUGAACGGAAGUUUUACUACUGCUUCUAGCUGCAGCAUGAUGGAGGUAACUCCUGCAAUACUGGCGAACAAAGUGCGCGGCCUGUUCUUCCGUGUCUUCCUUUCCGACAUGCGGGAAGAUAUUUUACUGAAGGAGGACUUACACCAUUUGGAGACAAGAGAUGCAGGCCCUCCAAACUACAGGAACAACUACAACAACACUUCGGCGUACAACAGUUUUUCGUCCUCUUCAGUCUUUUCGCCUCGAUUGCAUCCCAUAUAUUUGCAAAUCGAUCAGAUUGCGGAUCUGCUCCAAAAAGUCUUUCUGCAUGGCGAUCACAUGCAAAAAGCCUUUGCGCCGUUUGUCAAGGAGGAGGGAGAGGAUAGUCCUGGGAUCACACCCGUAAAAACAAGUUUACUGGGUAUAUCAUCAUCAUCAUCAGGCACAGGCACAGAUACUUCUCCUGUUGGCGAAAGUCCCCGUCCACGCGCUGGAGAACCUAGCACGCCGAGUUGUACAGGUUGCAGUACAGAAACAGAAUGUAAAAAGCGACCCGCUUCCACUACCCCAGCUUCGGAACCGGCAGGUAGUGGAGUGAAGCGUGCCAAACAAAGCGAUGCUAGUGCUUGAAGAUAAGGCACUGACUUAAAUAAAUUCUUGUAACUUCGAUCCCAAAUAGUUCUCAUUUUGAAGUUCUUCCCCAAUGAUGUAAAGAUGACGAGUACAGAAAACGGCUAAGGCCAACUCACACUCAGUCCCUGUGAGG